UGGCAUCCCUGCCGGGUGUGUGUGCGGCAUAUAAAUUGUGUAUCUGUAAUUUACUGUAAAUUUAAUUGUAAACAAUGUGUUUUAUAAAUCAUUCAUACGCAAAAGAAUAAAUUCUUAGCACUUUCCAUCCUAAUGUUGUAAUUUAAAAGUUUUUAUUUACUUUUUGUAUUGAUGUAAGGUUCUUGUGCUUUGUCUUCGUGUGUGACAAUAUACUCAAAAUGGCGCAUCAACUGGCACCGUCUGUAAAUUGUUCAUUGGACGACAUUGACCUCAGUGCACUAAAGGACCCGGCUGGUAUUUUUGAACUUAUAGAAGUUGUGGGCAAUGGCACCUAUGGACAAGUAUAUAAGGGACGCCACACAAAAACAGGACAACUUGCUGCAAUCAAGGUUAUGGAUGUCACACAGGAUGAAGAGGAAGAGAUAAAGCUCGAGAUCAAUGUCCUCAAAAAGUAUUCUAAUCACCGCAACAUUGCAACUUAUUAUGGGGCAUUUAUCAAGAAAAGUCCUCCUGGAAAGGAUGAUCAACUGUGGUUGGUCAUGGAGUAUUGUGGUGCUGGAUCUGUGACGGACUUGGUUAAAUCAACCAAGGGACAAUCACUGAAAGAAGAAUGGAUCUCAUACAUUUGCAGAGAAAUUCUAAGAGGACUAAGCUAUCUACACUCCAAUAAGGUUAUACACCGUGAUAUUAAAGGACAAAAUGUACUCUUGACAGACAAUGCUGAAGUCAAACUUGUUGACUUUGGAGUAUCAGCACAACUUGAUAGGACUAUCGGUAGAAGGAAUACAUUCAUCGGUACUCCAUACUGGAUGGCGCCGGAAGUGAUCGCGUGUGAUGAAAACCCUGAGGCGACGUACGAUAAUCGCUCUGACCUCUGGUCGCUCGGUAUCACUGCGCUCGAGAUGGCCGAGAGUCAACCACCUCUGUGCGAUCUGCAUCCUAUGAGAGCGCUUUUCCUUAUUCCAAGAAACCCGCCUCCACGUUUAAAGUCCAAGAAGUGGGCUAAAAAAUUUCACGGGUUCAUCGAGACCGUCUUAGUAAAGGACUAUCAUCAACGACCUUACACUGAACAACUUCUGAAACAUCCAUUCAUUAGAGAUCAACCGACAGAGCGACAGGUGAGGAUACAGUUAAAGGACCACAUAGACCGGUGUAAGAAGAGGAAGCAGGACAACUCGGUGCGGGAGGAUUACAAGUACUCGGGCUCGGAGGGCGAGGAGGAGGACAACGCGGUGGCGGGCGAGCCGUCGUCCAUCGUGCACAACGCGGCCGCGCACCAGGGCGGCGACACGCUGCGGAGGAACUUCCAGCAGAUCCAGGAGGGCAGAGCCGCUGCCGAAGCACAACAACCCCAACCGCCGCCUAAACGCAACAGUAAACGUGAAGAACGUGAGGAAAUACCAGAACCUGGCCCGCCAGCGAGGCCAUCCAUUCCACAAAGACUGAUCGUUGUGCCGGACCCACAGGCGCAACAGCCAAAUAGAUAUAGGCCGCUGCCGCCCACGCCCAAGUCGUCGGGCUCGUCCAACAGCUCGGGCUCCAACAACGGCACGCCGCCGGCGGGCGGCCCGCAGCCCCCGCAGCGCGGCUCGCACCACAUCUUCAAGCCCAUGCUACCACCUCGAAGGCCAGAGGACUUGGAUAAGUUAGCGGCGCAACUAAACGAGCUCGGUGUAGUUUCGGGCAACGAACCGCCGAACCGACCACCGCGUGCGCCCACUAAUGGUCAAGAAGAAGACGCGGUGGCGGAGGACGGCUGCGCGCCCACGCGCCCGCUGCCGCCCACGCCGGACGACGACGACCCGCUGGCCGACCGCACGCUCGUCAAGCGGAGGGAGAAUGAAAACGAUAAAAGACAGUCGGACAUCGACGAAGCCGUUCUACUUAAGGAUUGGGACUUUGCCAGAUUUUUCCCUUCGAAAAAUGCUGACGUCAAAGAAGAAAAACAAGAUUCGACUAAAGAAUCUGAACUUAAACGCGCGCAACUCCAACGUCAAUCUCGAAUUGAAAUGGAAGAUGCUUGGGUUAAGUACAAAGCUAUCGCAACGCCGCCUUCUCGGCAUAAACAACUAUUCCAGAAACCAACAGAAAAAACUACGCAAGAUAAAUUGACAGACAUUCUUAAAUAUAAAAAGGACCAAGAAGCAGAAUUAAAUUCCCCAAAUCGAUUCUUUAGAGGAUUUAGGCGAGAGAACUCUGACCUUUUCCCGCUGUCAAGCACUCGCCAUUCUGCUAUUUACUAUCCGAAACAUGACCCUCAAAUCGGCGCCAGCAAACAGCUAAGAUCUAGCGGAAUCUUCAAUCACUCACGUAAACAAUCGAACAAACCUCAAACUGCUGGCGAACCAAUUCUAACAGACUUUAUUAAAAUGAAUGAUAGCCUGAAAAUAGCACAAAGAAAUGAUACUAAAAGAAGUGAUAAAAAAUCUCCAGAAAAGAAAGUCACCGCUAGUAAUCCUAUAGACGCUUUGAAAAAUGUCGCUGUGCUGAUCCGACAAGACAGUGAAAAAAAUAGCCCAAGCCGUCAGAGCAGUGUAAAUAGUGACUCCCCAGCGACUAGUAUCUGUUUCAGCGCUUCUUUCGAAAAGUCUGGCACUCUCGACCUCACCGCCGACACGAUUGAGAAAACAGAGGAUAAUUGUAAUACGAACAGCGUCGUCAAACCUCGUAGAGAAAAGACAGAGUCCGAUAUUAUAUUCAGAAGAAAUUCCCAAUUAAAUAGGCACACGGACCUAUUAUCGAGUGGGCAGGAAGCGGUAAUUGCACAGGAUCAGGGUCGUUCGAGUGGUAACAACGAAGGUAGUGGGUCUCGCACUAGCUCCGUUCUACCCGACUUGUUAAGUCAAGCCGGCCAGCCCACUACCCCGCCGCGGCACGACAAGUCUACUAGCGAAGAGUAUAGGCAAGCCAUAGCGGGAGGCACGCCCGCUCCUCACCAUCACCACCACCCGCACCCGUCUUCCGUUCAGUCGACACCUUCCAAAUCGUUCAUAUCCGGCGCCGCCUCCCCCCACCCCCUCCAACACUCCCCGUCCAAUUCCUCAGUGGGCUCCCAACAACAGUUCCUUCCCUUGCAACAGAAGCAGCGGUCGUUCCUCACAUUCGGCUUCGGCGCUGGAUCGACGGGUAGUGGUACCGGCGGCUCGGGCAACGCUUCCCGACGCGAAAGCCACGUGAACGUCAAUGUUACCCCCACAGGACACGACCUGUCCUCUGACACGCCCGAAAUACGUAAAUACAAGAAGAGGUUCAAUUCUGAGAUUCUAUGUGCUGCACUUUGGGGAGUUAAUUUGCUGAUUGGAACAGAGAACGGUCUGAUGUUACUCGAUCGUUCAGGUCAAGGGAAAGUUUACCAAUUGAUCUCAAGACGCCGCUUUCAGCAAAUGGAAGUGUUAGAAGGACAAAACAUUCUUAUUACUGUAUCUGGAAAAAAGAAUCGAGUACGCGUAUAUUAUCUAAGCUGGUUGAAAUCGAAGAUUUUACGAACUGACGGCUUAAGUGAUCAAGUCGAAAGGAGAAAUGGUUGGAUAAACGUCGGAGAGUUACAAGGUGCUGUUCAUUUCCGUAUAGUCAAAUAUGAACGAAUCAAGUUCCUUGUCAUUGCACUUAAGGAUUCUAUCGAGAUUUACGCCUGGGCUCCGAAACCAUAUCAUAAAUUUAUGGCCUUCAAAAGUUUUGGAGAGUUACAGCACAGGCCUUUGUUAGUUGAUUUAACUAUUGAAGAAGGUACAAGACUGAAAGUAAUCUAUGGCUCAGCAGAUGGUUUCCAUGCUGUAGAUUUAGAUACAGCUAGUGUAUAUGAUAUUUAUAUACCUAAACAUACCCAAGGAGCCAUAGUUCCGCAUUGUAUUGUUCCACUGCCUAAUUCUAAUGGUGUGCAGCUACUGUUAUGUUAUGAUAAUGAGGGUGUCUACGUUAACACUUAUGGUAGAGUUAGCAAAAAUAUAGUUUUACAGUGGGGUGAAAUGCCUACAUCUGUAGCCUAUAUUGGCACAGGUCAAAUAAUGGGCUGGGGCAAUAAAGCUAUCGAAAUUCGUUCUGUAGAGAGUGGACAUCUUGAUGGCGUGUUUAUGCACAAAAAAGCUCAGCGGCUUAAGUUUUUAUGUGAACGCAAUGACAAAGUUUUCUUUUCGUCCGCAAAAGGUGGUUCGUCUUGUCAAAUAUACUUCAUGACGCUGAAUAAGCCAGGAAUGGCAAAUUGGUAGUGACAAGGCACGGAGGGUCUAUAAACGCCUAUUCCUGUGAUGCUAAACUGCCUCAUGGACAUGCCAGUAUUUUAUUAAAAAAAUCGAUUAUGUGCUUUGGCCAUUCAGAAUUCAAAGACUUGUGAUAAUAACAGAUUAUAAAGUGCUCAAAAGACAAUCCACAAAACAUUACAAUUUACAAUUUCGUAUUCGAGAAUCUUAUCUUUUAACAAAUGUGGCAUUUUGUACUGAAUACUGUAAUUUCAAUACAAGCUACUAUGGAUUAUAUAUUAUUAAGCAAUAACCUAUAGGAUUAAUGUUUUGAUAUUGACAACUAUUCAUAAGUAAGUUAAUAUUGCUUAGGUUUUUAUGUUGUAGAUGUUAAUUUCUGUAAGAAAAUGUAAUUCAAAUGGAACUAUCAAUUCAUAUUAUGCCAUAUUAUAUUGUUUAUAAUGUUAAGCUAGUUGGGUGAUGAUAUAAAUUACUUGGUUACAUAAUUAUAUUCAUAACCUAACAAAGAUCAAAGCCAUUUCAGAUGGAUUAAUAUGAUUAUUUAUUAAUGACACAACUUACAAAUUAAACUACUCUGUCUAGACGCUGUAAAUUACUCUUCAUUCUAAUAAGGUUCACCAUAAGUAAUCGGCACUUAGUCAAGUCACUGUGUAUGUAAUUAUCACACCGAGCUGCAAUAAUUUUAUUAAUGGAUUAAUCCUAAAAAUUUGGUACUAUUUAUUAUUUAUUUGUUAUGUACUAUAUUAUUUACAUGUAUAAAGAUGUAACUGUGCAUAUUGAAAAUUA